AUGUCCGUGAAAGAGUCAAAGACAGAGCUCUUCAACGUGGCUGGGACUGACACUGUGGAGUCAGGGCCAGGUUCAGAGGUUUUCAACUCCAAAAAGAUAGUUACCACCUUUGAGAGAUAUAUCCAACCGUGCUUGGCUGAGGUGGUGGGAUGCGCCCUUUUCAUCUUCGUGGGAUGCGGGUCUGUUAUUGAAAAUGCUGGCGUUCCGGGGAGCCUCCAGCCUGCUCUGGCUCAUGGGCUGGCGCUGGUGAUUGUUAUCGCUGUGCUGGGAGAGAUCAGCGGUGGCCACUUCAACCCAGCUGUGUCUGUGAGUGUGUGCAUUAGUGGAGGACUGGACGUAAUCCUACUGGGGCCAUAUAUGCUCUCCCAGAUGGUGGGGGGAAUGAUUGGGGCUGGCUUGGCAAAGGCAGCAUCCUCCACCAUCAGCUAUGCCAGUGCAGCAGGGGGAGUGUUCAACGUGGUUAAAACCAGCGGAGCGAUCGGCAGUGCCACCGUAGCAGAGAUAGUCAUGACCCUCUUCCUGUCCCUAGUGGUCUGUAUGGGGGCUGUGAACGGCAGGACCCGUACACCACUGGCACCACUCUGCAUCGGGCUCACUGUGACUGCUAACAUACUGGCUGGAGGGUCAGCAUCUGGAGGGUGUAUGAACCCAGCGCGAGCGUUUGGCCCUGCAGUGGUAGCUAACUACUGGGAGUACCAUUGGAUCUACUGGUUGGGACCGAUGGCAGGGGCCCUUAUCACUGGCAGCUUGGUCAGGUUGUUGUUGGGAGACCAGAAAACUCGUCUUGUUCUGAAGUGAAUGUGCCGCCUCGGAGCAAUGGGAGCCUUUUUGACAAUGUGUUUGCCAUGCUUUUAUUUCAAAAACAAUGUCAUUGUCUUCCCAAGUAUUGUAUUGCCCUCCAUAGCUUGCAGAACCUUUGCAGUUCCCAUCUUGUCAUACACAUCAUAUUGUAUUGCCCUCCAUAGCUUGCAGAACCUUUGCAGUUCCCAUCUUGUCAUACACAUCAUAUUGUAUUGCCCUCCAUAGCUUGCAGAACCUUUGCAGUUCCCAUCUUGUCAUACACAUCAUAUUGUAUUGCCCUCCAUAGCUUGCAGAACCUUUGCAGUUCCCAUCUUGUCAUACACAUCAUAUUGUAUUGCCCUCCAUAGCUUGCAGAACCUUUGCAGUUCCCAUCUUGUCAUACACAUCAUAUUGUAUUGCCCUCCAUAGCUUGCAGAACCUUUGCAGUUCCCAUCUUGUCAUACACAUCAUAUUGUAUUGCCCUCCAUAGCUUGCAGAACCUUUGCAGUUCCCAUCUUGUCAUACACAUCAUAUUGUAUUGCCCUCCAUA